GAAGUCGCGCGCCGGGGCAGUGAGGGGUCCACGCGCAAGGACGCAUCUCAUUCACAGAAAAAGACCGUCUUCACUAUAACUCAUUGUAGUUUUAUUCCCGCAUUAGAUUUUCAGGCUAAUUUAAUGCAUUACAUGUUUACUAAAAUCUAUUUUGUUGUUGGCAAGGCUACCAGGUGCCCAUUGGGAUGUGCAGCGCAAACUAUGUUCUGGGAAAUGAAGGAGGAGAAGAAGGGAGUGUGAAUCAGCUGGGCGGUGUGUUUCUGAACGGUCGUCCUCUGCCCGUCUGUAAACGGAGAUUGAUGGUUGAGCUCGCGACCGAGGGGGUGAGACCGUGUGAGAUCUCCAAAAUACUCAAGGUCUCCAACGGCUGCGUUAGUAAGAUUUUGGGCAGGUUUCAGCGCACAGGGGCCAUUGGUCCCAAAGCAACGGGAGGAAGCAGACCCAGGCUCCUGACUCCUGACGUCAUCUCCAUCAUUGCGCAGCACAAGCGGCAGAACCCCACACUGUUCGCCUGGGAGAUCCGACAAAAACUGGCGACAGAUCGAGUCUGCAGAGGAGAUACAGUCCCCAGUGUGUCAUCCAUAAACCGGAUUCUUAAGAAGAUUCAUCUAGAUGUGGAUGUGAUGGGCAGUGCAUAUCCGAGCGUCAAACACAUUUACACAGAAGUAGAUGAGCAGAGGAGUUUACAGCAACAAACGGACACAACCCCACGAGGCACCUCUCCUCGCAACAGAACUGCUUUCACACCAAACCAGAGUGAGAGGUUAGAGAAAGAGUUCAUCCGUGGGCUUUAUCCUGACCUGCUGACCAGAGAAAAGCUGUCUGAGGAGACAAACCUUCCACAAGACACCAUUAAGGUUUGGUUUUCCAAUCGCAGAGCGAGGAUGAGGAGGGAGCGAAGGGAAGACCGUAGUGACUGUGGAUCACUGGGUGUAACUGGAUUUCUGAGAAGUAGGAAUGCUUUGAUUUCUCUGCCAGCGACCUCUGGCAGCUCAUUGGACGGUUACUUGGCUCAUCACACACAAUCCACUUUUCCAUUGGCCCAUCACAGAGACAAAAACACUUUUCCAUGGGCUCAUUUGAACUCUGAUGCAAUGUCAACAUGUCCAUUGGAUCACACAGAGAGUUUGAUGCGAUCAUAUCAACAACAUGGCCAAAUGGAAUCAGAUUACCGAUUGGUUCCCUCAAACACUGACGAAAGUCUUAAUCGCUCACAGUGGGCUUCUCAUCAAUCUCUGAUUGGACAGAAUGUUUCAAGGUUUUGAAUUUGGUUGACGGUGUGGACAGUAGAGGGCAGCAAAGGAAAGAAAAAGUGGCAUUUGGUCUGGAUGUACUUUUUUUUAGACUAAUAAUUAUGUUUUUGAUAUGCUGGUCGUAUGUUUUAAGUGAGAAAAAAAGUGCUUUAAAAAUAACACAGACUGAAAACUUAAAACCUGUCGAAUUUGUCAA